AGCAGGAGCAAACAAUUCAUCUAGCAAACCCGUGCACUGCACACCACCUGCAUCCGCUCCACCCAAUAGAACAGCCCCCUCGUACUGAGGUGUGACCAUGGUUUGCCCACUAGUCCAAAGCUGCAGCUCCCUGCAGUGAUUGCCACCAGCCAUAUUUCGAUUGUUGUUAGUCCGUGAGUCCGGGUCAAGCGUGAGCUAGGCGCCAUGCAGCGUUGCGCAGGAGGCACGGGAGCCUCUGCUUUUCGUUUCGACGUCCGCGCGAGAACCGCGCUGCGCUCGGCAGAUACCCGAGCGGCUCGACAGCAGCGUUGCUCCUGGCAGAAUCCGAGGCUCGAGAGAGCAGCGUUGCUUCCGACGGAAUCCGAGCGGCAUUGCUGGCGGAAGUCUAACUUAACCUUUCGAGCAUAAAAGAAACAGGUAUGUCCCCAUCUAGCCAGCAGGACCCAUUCGGGCUAGCAUUCCGCAACGCUCCCAUACACCCCAUAUUCAGAUACGGCUCUUUGGGCGGCUUCUCAAACGCUGCUCUUGGUUCGGUGCCCCUUUGCCCUAGUAGCUGUAUUUGCCGCCGCAUGUUGGUACCAGCUGGCGGGUUCUUUCACCAGGAGCACAUCCUUCCAAAGAUGGCUUCUUUUCGUCACGAAAACGGCCAUCCCCGCGAAAACGUUACCAGACUGGCCCUUAUCUCGCUCGUCGCGCUCACCAUGUUGGCCGCAUUGGUGCCCCAAUGCUGCGCGCUGGGCAGCAGCGAAGUCGCAAAAGGUGCGGCUAGCACUAUCACGCCACGGCGGACAUUGCUGCGGCGGCCCCGCCGGCCCUCGCCGAGUCCCGAACCCGAGAAAGAUGACAUCCUUGUUGAAACCCCGACUAGACUAGGUGCAUCAGCACCAUCGCCUUCCGUUGACCCUCUCGCCCCAAACCCUCCAUCCCCAUCGCCUCCGCCACCUGCGCCCGGCAAUUCCACUGCAGCGCUCACUGUAGGAAUCAUCUGUGCGAUAUUAUUUGUGUUCGCCCUCUUGUUUGCGGCAUUUCGAUUUUGGUGUUUGAAUAGAUGAGGAGUGCCACAGUGUGAUAGCAUGCCGUUUAUGCAGUUUGGCCUUCGCGUUAUUCCGCGUCAGCUUAGUAUUUCCAGGUUGUAACUGCUGGAAUGGGUUGCACGAAGAUGACCAACUAUUCAAGCCGUCCUGUUGUGCGUGGUGAUUAUGAGUAUCCUGAACAUCUACCAUCGGGUCGGAGUCCGCCCGGGGCGAGGCUCGCGAAGUCAACGGACCUCGGUCCUCUCAGGCCGCGCGUUAUGCAGCAGCAGCAGCAGCGCGAGCCGGAGGACGGACCCAUAACCAAUAUUGAGAACCGUGGUGGGCGGGUACUGGUCAACCCAAAAGUGUACAUAAUCUACUAUGGCACUUGGCCUGAGGGGUCUGGGCAGGACGCGCUCGAGAAUUUCGUGAACUCGCUGGGCGGGGAGGCGGGGGAGCAGGGGGAGAGGUCAGGGGAGAACAGCGUACGCAAGUGGUGGGACAUCACGACCAACUACUAUCAGAACGAGGAGGACGGAUCGCAGACGUUCGUCAGUCCCCAGAUCUCGGUGGGCGGCAGUGACAGACGAGGGAUCCGACGGCUGGGAGUCCAUCAACGGUGGGGAGGAUCGUCGACUCGCAUGUCGGGACGGAACUGUCUAUAGACACUGACGGACUCUACCUCGUGCUGACGAGUGCUGACGUCCAGGUUGACGGAUUCUGUGACAAUUUCUGUGGAUUCCACACCUCCCAUACUCUACCGAUGGGAGAGGACAUUGCGCUGGGGUUCAUUAGGCACCACGACCUGUGCUGCAAAUACGGCGACCAUUCACCCAACGGCAUGCCAGGAAUCGAUAGUAUGAUCUCCACCAUCGGGCACGAGAUCGCCGAGGCUGCUACCGACCCCGACACGUCGUCUGGUUGGUUGACAUCUGACGGGGCGGAGAAUGCCGACCUCUGCGCAUGGCAGUACGGCGACGUCUCCCAGGACUCUGACGGGGAUGGCAACACUUAUGAUUAUAACAUGGUUGGGAACGAUGGGAUGCGGUUCAUGGUUGAAGCGAACUGGGACCUGAUUUCGGGGUCGUGCCAGAUUCAAGGGGAUUGUUCGUGCUAGAGCGGAGGAAGCGUUGAACCUUCCUCCGCUUUGAACGCCGUCACGCCUGGGGCCGCUGGUGUUGGGCAUUUUGGAAACCCUUUUUAUUCCAAUGAGCAGCCAUGGCUGGUGCAUCUGUCAUUGUACAGACGAGGUCAUUUAUAACUAAACCUGCGCUUGUACA